GUCCUCAUCAGCUGUGCCGGCAGCAGCAGCAGACAGAGGUGGAGGUGCUGGACCAAGAACUCGCUCUUUUACGCACUCUGCCCCUCCGAUCAGUCCAUGUAGUUCUCCUCCUCGGCCCCUCAGAAAGACGAGAUGAAGAUGAGGUGUUCUUCAUGGCCGGAGCGCGUCGUCUGCUGCGUCCUCCUCCUGCUCGGCUCAGCUGGAUCGCAGUGGACAGAAGACAGCGGAGUCUCCCUCCUGCAGCUGAUCGGAGAUCCUCCUCCGGACGAGAUCACCCAGGUCCACGGGCCGGACAACUCUCCGGGCUACGUCUUCGGCCCGGACGCCAACACUGGCCAGCUGGCUCGCGCCCACUUCCCCAGCCCGUUCUACCGGAACUUCGCCCUCAUUUUCCACGUCAAGCCCACCACCGACCGGGGCGGCGUCAUCUUCUCCAUCACCGACGCCUCGCAAAAGACCAUAUAUGUGGGCGUCAAACUGUCCGCCGUGUCGGGCGGCAAGCAGAACGUCAUCCUCUACUACACGGAGCCCGACUCGCAGCAGUCCUUCCAGGCCGCCAGCUUCUCUGUGUCGUCCCUGAGGGACAUCUGGACCCGCUUCGCCAUCGCGGUGAAGGACGACAAGGUGAUGUUCUACUUCAACUGUGGCACGGACCCCCGAGUGGUGAACAUCGAGAGGUCGCCUGACGAGAUGGAGCUGGAAGGAGGCGCCGGGGUCUUCGUCGGACAAGCCGGAGGGGCCGACCCGGACAAGUUCCUGGGCGUGAUCGGGGAGCUGAGGGUGGUGGGAGACCCCCGUGCUGCCGAGAGGCUCUGUGAAGAGGAUGAGGACGACUCGGAUAUGGCUUCCGGGGAAGGAAGUGGCUACGGGCAGAGCAGACCCUCCAGACCAGAAGGGGAGAAACACAGAUGGACGACGGCUGCUCCGGCUUCUCAGCCCAUCCAGCAGCCGCCUCUGACCAGGAAGGAGGAGAUCCUCACGGCGAGAGAGACAUCGAGGGAGUCCCAGCACUUCUCAGUUCCGGUCGAGUCCAGACCCGACUGGCCCGGGUCACCAGGGUCAGCCGGGGCCAAAGGAGAGAAGGGGGACAGGGGGGAGAAAGGAGACCGGGGUCCGAUCGGGCCGAAGGGGGAGACAGGGUCUGGAUCUCGGAGUGGGGGGAGAGCUGAAAAGGGAGAACCUGGAGAAAAGGGAGUCAAGGGCAGCGCCGGCUUCGGCUACCAGGGACAAAAGGGCGACCGCGGCCCCCAGGGGCCCCCCGGCCCGCCCGGCCCUCCAGGACCCGCCGCAGAGUUUUCGGCCGGUGGAGAUGGCUCGGUCGUUUCUAGGGUUCCUGGACCCAGAGGACCGCCGGGGGCCCCGGGCCCCCAGGGGCCACCGGGAGAUGAUGGGGAGCCGGGCGAUCCUGGCGAAGACGGGAAAACGGGCCCUCAAGGACCCCCAGGCUUCCCCGGGACCCCCGGAGACCCCGGCUUCAAAGGAGAGAAGGGAGACCGCGGAGAGGGUCCGCCCGGCCCCAGAGGACCCCCGGGACCUCCCGGACCACCAGGAACGGGAUUCAGAUCUACCUUCGUGGACAUGGAGGGUUCAGGGUUUCCGGAUCUGGAGUCUCUCCGGGGACUCCCAGGUCUCCCCGGCCCUCCCGGCCCUCCGGGUCCUCCUGGUCUGUCUACCGGCGGCUCGGCCGCGAGCUCAGGAGCCUUCGGACCACCAGGAAGGGAUGGAGCACCCGGUCAGCCUGGCUUGGCUGGUUUACCUGGUACCGACGGCGUCCCAGGAACUCCCGGUCCAAAGGGAGAGAAGGGCGAUGCCGGCGAGCUGGGGCUUCCAGGACCAGUUGGCACCAAGGGGGAUCCAGGAGAGCCUGGUUCACCAGGACGUGUAGGAGAGACUGGACUGGCUGGUCUGCCGGGACCUAUGGGACCCAUCGGGCCCCCCGGUCCCCCCGGCCCUCCAGGGAGGAGCGUUCGAGUCGGAUUUGAUGACAUGGAGGGUUCUGGAGGAUUCACCAACGGACUUCCUGGCGUCAGAGGACCAGAAGGAGUUCAGGGUCCUCCUGGAUUACCUGGACUUCCAGGUAAACCCGGACUGCCCGGGCUUCAGGGCAACAAGGGCAGCGAAGGUCUUCCAGGAAGAGACGGGCAGCCAGGCCUGGACGGGUUCCCCGGACCUCCGGGAAUGAAAGGUGACAGAGGAGACAAAGGAGAGGCGGGAGAUCCGGGUCGAGAUGGAACCGGACUCCCAGGUCCACCGGGCCCACCGGGACCCCCGGGGCAAAUCAUCUACCAGACAUCAGACAACUUCGACGGUGUCAAUGGCAGAGCUGGUCCUCAGGGUGGAGCUGGCUUACCUGGUCAAGCUGGAUUUCCUGGUCCUAUCGGGCCGAAAGGUGACAGAGGAGACCCCGGUCCCGCGGGCUACGGUCUGAAGGGGGAGAAAGGUGAACCGGGCCUGGUGAUCGGACCUGACGGCAAUCUCUUGCGUCUGGACGGUCUAACGGGUAUGAAGGGAGAGAGAGGACCUCCAGGACCCGCCGGACCCGCUGGUCCGUACGGGCCUCCUGGACUGAAAGGAGAAAUUGGAAUGCCUGGGAGACCUGGCCGCCCUGGUGUGAAUGGAUACAAGGGUGAGAAGGGAGAGCCAGGCGGAGGCGCAGGCUUUGGCUACCCGGGAGCUCCCGGCCCUCCAGGACCACCCGGACCCCCCGGACCUGCCGUUCCUCUGGAUCGCUUCAACCGCUACGAUGACAGCUCCAGGAAUUACCCAGCUGUGAAAGGAGAAAAAGGAGAGCGUGGGGACCGCGGACUUCCAGGAAUCCCAGGAACGGCCUCAGACCUGGACUACUUGUCGCUGAAGGGCGAGCGUGGAGAGACAGGAGUCAAGGGAGAGAAGGGAGAGCCCGGCGGUGGAUAUUACGACCCACGGUUUGGUGGAGCACAGGGCCCGCAAGGGCCGCCUGGCAGCCCGGGUCUGCCGGGGCCAAAAGGAGAGUCUCUACCAGGGCCGCCUGGACCCCAGGGACCACCAGGGCCACCAGGGGUUGGUUACGAUGGACGUCCGGGUCCUCCAGGACCGCCGGGGCCUCCAGGACCUCAGGAGUCUCCCUCUCUUCCAGGACCUCACAGAAAUAAUUACCCUGUCAGUGUACCCGGCCCUCCAGGUCCGCCCGGACCUCCGGGAAUCCCGGGUCUCUCGGCGGGGGUCACGGUCCUGCGGUCGUACGACACGAUGCUCGCCACCGCCCGGCGCCACACGGAGGGCAGCCUCAUCUACGUCAUCGACCAGGCCGACCUGUACCUGAGGGUGCGGGACGGACUGCGGCAGGUUAUGCUCGGAGAGUACAAUCCCUUCUUCAGAGAUCUGGAAAACGAGGUGGCAGAGGCCCAGCCCCCGCCGGUCAUCCUGUACCCCCAGUCCCAGGACCAGUCCCAGAGCAAUGGGGCCGGGCAUUACUCCCACAGCGGCGCCGCCAUACGGCCCAUCGAGCCGCCGCCGCAGCCCCCCGUGGAGCCCAGAUACCCCCCCCAGUACGACCCCAGGUUCCCGGACCACAGGAACAACGGGCAGACCGACGGGAGGUUACCCAUCCAGCACAACGAGAACAGAUACCCGGUCACACCGGCCAGGCGGCCGCCCGUGCCGGGGCCCGCCGUGCACACCGACACAUCCGGAUCCGGACUGCACCUCAUCGCCCUGAACGCCCCUCAGUCCGGUAACAUGCGAGGAAUUCGCGGCGCGGACUUCCUGUGCUUCCAGCAGGCUCGAGCUGUGGGCCUGAAAGGAACCUUCAGAGCCUUCCUGUCCUCCAAACUCCAAGACCUGUACACCAUCGUCCGCAAGGCCGACAGGGAAAACUUCCCCAUCGUGAACCUCAAGGACCAGGUGCUGUUUAACAGCUGGGAGUCUAUCUUCGGUGACAACUCCAACAAAAUGAGGGAGAGCGUCCCGAUCUACUCCUUCGACGGUCGAGACAUCCUCAGGGACAGCGCGUGGCCCGAGAAGAUGGUCUGGCACGGAUCGAGUAACAAAGGCCACCGGCAAACGGACCACUACUGUGAAACGUGGCGGGCGGGCGACCGCGCCGUGUCGGGCCUGGCGUCCUCGCUGCAGAGCGGCCGCCUGCUGCAGCAGAGCAGCAGCAGCUGCUCCGGCUCCUACAUCGUCCUGUGCAUCGAGAACGCCUUCACGUCGCCCUCCAAGAAAUAGACCCCGUCCAUUUUACUCUCUCAUUCGGUUGUUCUUCGCCCCUUU